CCCAGACGCUGCCUCACAAAGGGAGCAGCACCCAGAGGCGCAGGUACCUGCCUUGCAGCCCAGGCUCUGGGCUCUCCAACCUGACACUUCAACCUCCAGCUGAGAAAGGAGUCUGUCUAGGGAAGAGAUCUAGAAUCAACUGAGAGGUACAUUCUUUAAUCACCAGUUACUUUAAUGACCAUCCGCAGACCCACCGAGUGAAAGCAAGGAGCUAGGUGGAGCGCCGCGGGCAUCAUGGUCCACCUGCAGGCCUCCGAAGUACGGCAGCUGCUCCACAACAAGUUCGUGGUCAUCCUGGGGGACUCGGUCCAGAGGACUGUGUACAAGGACCUGGUGCUCCUGCUGCAGAAGAACUGCCUGCUCACACUCAGCCAGCUCAAGGCCAAGGGCGAGUACAGCUUCGAACAGGACGCGCUGGUGCGGGGGGGCAAAAAAGGUCGCAUGCACAACGGCAUCCACUACCGCGAGGUGCGCCAGUUCCGCUCCAGCCAGCACCUGGUGCGCUUCUACUUCCUGACGCGCGUGUACUCUGACUACAUCGAGGACAUCCUGCAGGAGCUGCAGUCGAGCGGCCAAGACCCGGACUUGGUCAUCAUGAACUCCUGCCUCUGGGACCUCACCAGAUACGGGGUGGAGUCCUGGCCGUGCUACCUGCAGAACCUGGAGAUCCUGUUUGGGCGCCUGCGCCAGGUGCUGCCCGAAUCGUGCCUCCUCGUUUGGAACACGGCCAUGCCCGUGGGUGACAAAAUUACCAGCAGCUUCUUUCCGCCCGAGCUCCAACCCGAGACCUCCUCACUGAAAAGCAAAAUGAUUGAAGCCAACUUUUACAGCUCUACUGAGGCCCAAAAGCACGACUUCGAUGUGCUGGACUUGCACUUCCACUUCCGCCGCCACACAGGGAAGUAUUUGCAGCCCGACGGAGUGCACUGGAACGAGCUCGCGCACCGGCAUCUCUCCCAGCUUCUUCUGGCCCACGUGGCCGACGCCUGGGGGGUGGAGCUGCCCCAGCGCGAUCCGGUGGGGAAGUGGAUCAAGGAUGGCCCCGAGAGGGGAGGACCUGGCCAGAGACUUGAGAGGCAUCCCCUGAUCUGCAGAGAUCCCCCAGCCUUUCCUCCUCUGCCCCGACCCUUGCCUCCGCCUGGGCGCUGCCCCCUGCUCCCCACUCCAUCUCCCCGCCCACUGCCUUUCCCACUCCUGUCCCCACCACCUCAUCCCAUCCCCUUUCACCAGGUGACACCCCCGUUCCUAGUCUGUCCCCAAGAUGACUAUUUUUCUUCACACAGUCCUUUCCAGUCAGAUCAAUUAUCCUUAGACCAUUUCCAUUCAGAUGUCCCCCCAUCUACCCAGACAGAAUUUACCUUAGAAAGUGACUGUAUGUUUGAUCUCCAGCCACCUGUGACCCCCUACCCCCCACCCUGUUAUCAGCAGCAGGCCCCUGUGGUCCAUAGAGGGUUUCGCCGGUAUCAUCGUCGCGGCCCCUACCUGCCCUGGAGAGGGCGGCCCAGAACGUCCAAGAGGAGGGCCCCAGGCUAUCCAGAGCCAAGGCCUCAAUAGACUGACUUGGGCCUUCCUCCUCAAUGGACUGGACAGGUGGUCUUUCUCUCCCCAAACAGACCGACCUUGUUAACUUUGGUCCACUGCUGCUAUCAGUAAUGGCCGGGAAAAGCAGUCUGACCCAUUCUUGUUGGCUAUGGCCUCUUCCUGCACUUGAGGGGGCCGGGGGCAGCAUUUGACUGAGCAUCAUUCCUCCUCUCCAC